AUGAGGUCAACACCUUUGAUCAUUAAUUGGCACGACAAAAACACUCCCAUCUACUCUGCUCACUUUGAACCUCAACAUGGAAAAGGAAGGUUAGCUACAGGAGGAGGAGAUAACAAUGUGCGCAUCUGGAAGGUCGAAGCCGAUGAUGAUACUCGUCGAGUUGACUACUUAUCGACGCUUGCCAAGCAUACUCAAGCUGUAAAUGUUGUUCGAUGGGCACCUAAAGGUGAGACUCUGGCAUCUGCUGGAGAUGAUGGGAAUGUGAUAUUAUGGGUUCCUAACGAAACCCAUAACCCCACCACUUUUGGAAACGAAGGGUUAGAGGAUAAGGAGACAUGGCGUGCGAAGCAUAUGUUCCGUCCUACAGCUGCGGAAAUAUAUGAUCUAGCCUGGUCUCCUGAUGCUACCCACUUCAUCAUCGGAAGCAUGGACAAUGUUGCUCGAAUAUAUAAUGCAGGUUCAGGCGCUCUAAUUCGACAAAUUGCCGAACAUAGUCACUACGUGCAAGGCGUCGCCUGGGAUCCACUGAACGAAUAUAUUGCGACUCAGUCGUCGGAUCGAUCAGUCCAUAUAUAUUCCCUCAAGACCAAGAAUGGACAGUACGCACUCACCGGUCGCGAUGACGAAACAUUCAAGGUUGCUAGCCACAUCAAAGCAGAUCUCCCCCCUCGGCGUAUUUCGUCUAACAGCCCAGCCCCGCCUGACAUGGGCUACCGAUCUCAGCUUGCGGCAGCAAUUGAUACGCCCAGUGCCUCUAUCGGAUCGCCAGUACCAUCUGCACCAGGAACGCCGCAGUCAGUUCCUCUACCCAUGAAUCCGCCGAGUGUUGUUAGCCAUAGCAGACGCUCUUCAUUUUCAUCUCGGCGAUCCGUGUCUCCCGCGCCAUCUUUGCCUCUGCCUGCAGUAAUGCCGAUCGAGCCGUCCCCAAAACUCAACCAUGGCUUCGGUCUGGGUGUGAAGAACGCAAGUCUCUAUGCCAAUGAGACCCUUACAUCUUUCUUUAGGCGUCUAACCUUUACUCCCGACGGCAGCCUACUCCUGACUCCUGCCGGUCAAUAUCAUGUGCAGCACCAAGAUGGCCCUAAACCAUCGUAUGAAAUAAUCAACACCGUUUAUAUCUAUACCCGAGGUGGUAUCAACAAGCCCCCUAUUGCUCAUCUCCCCGGUCACAAGAAGCCAUCGGUGGCAAUCAAGUGUUCGCCUAUAAUGUACACGUUGCGGCAGUCACCACCAGUAACAAAAUAUAUCACCAUCGACACAUCUUCAGCGGAAGAUCCCAUCCCAGCUCUCCCGGAACCCAUCUCAAAACCUUCAUCUGCUGUUAUGGAUCCUCCUCCUCCGCCGACAUCCUCUGCACCAGACCCCGAGAAGUCGUGGACACCUCAACAUCUAAAUGUGGAGACAGGGUCAGCAACACCGGGAUCUAAGAUGGGAUUUACUCUGCCAUAUCGCAUGGUAUACGCCGUAGCAACGCAGGAUUCCGUCCUUCUCUAUGACACUCAACAGGUGACUCCUAUAUGUGUAGUUAGCAACUUACACCUAGCUACUUUCACCGAUCUUACCUGGUCAAGUGAUGGAGCUACGCUUCUCAUAACUUCAUCAGAUGGAUUUUGCUCAACACUCUCGUUUCUACCCGGCGAGCUUGGUCAAGAGUACAAGGGCGAGCUUGUAGGUCCUAAGGUGACCUCUGCCCCUAUCACGGCUCCUUCGACCCAAGCUACUCCACAACCUACACCAACAUCUAUAUUUGCACCUCCUUCACCCUUUCCCAAUCAUCAGCACCGAAACUCGGCUACUUCUUUUGCUGCCCCGUCUCCUCCGCCAACAACAUCGUUCGUGAGCGCACGCCCUUCUUCACCUGCUCGAUCAAACUCAACAUCUUCGAUUGCAACACAAGUCUCAGUCAUGAACAACCCCCCUCUGAUAGGUGGGAAUUUACCUAGCAUCACUGCCGCUAGCUCUGGAAAGGUGACGGGUGUACCCAUGACAACACCACCCGAGACACCUGGGAGCACUAACACAGUUGUGGGCGUUAAGCGAGAAGCGAGCACGUCGGAGAAAGAUGAAGAUUCGGGUGGCCAAUCGAAGAAGCGUCGGAUCGCCCCAACCUUAGUUACUGAUCCCAAAGCAUAA